UCCAUCCUGCGCAUUGAAGCUUAAAAUCAUCGGAAAUAGUUCUUUUGUCAGAAGAUCACAGGCUUUAAGCUCACGGGGUCCACCUACUCUUCAUCCAUUCUCCGAACAUUCAGGGGAUCUGACAUAUCGAUCCUUACUAUACCACACUAUCAUGCCUUUCCCUCCACGCGAGAAGGGCCGGAUGGCAAAAUCCGGGAGGUCAGAAGAGGAAUUCGUUCUAUUUCUUCAGGGAAUACCGGCACACUGUCGCUGGCAAGAGCUCAAGGACCUAGUCCGCCAGACAGCCUUACAUAUCCGUCAAGCUGUGGUCUACGAUGACCAGCAUGGAUUCCCAACCGGUCUUGGCCAGAUCAUUGUGAAGAACGAAGACGAAGCAUGGCGGACCUACCAUAGGCUAUCUACGAACGGCUGGGAAGGCCAGAGUCUGGUUGUCACAUUAGCACGAACCAGCUCACCUACACGACCAAUUGCCGGGCCUACGAAGAGUCCAACCUGCAUGAUCCCACCCAACUAUGUACCAGGCUACUCGACUCCGCCACGAUCAACACAAAACAUGGCAGUGCCUCCGUCUCCCAUUUCACCCGAACCCAUCGUAUCCGGCAGUCCCAACUGCCCGACAUAUCCAACCACUGAAUACGGCCCCAUGGUCCAUCCCCUACCAAUGCCUCAGCAGCCUUUCAUGCCUUUCCCUACAGAUCCAGUCACACAACAGCCCAUAACAGGCAUCCCACCGUCGCCCGCUCCUCUCCGCCACUCCUUUGGCGACGCCUUUGCUGUUCCCUUUCUCCCCACAUAUUCUUUUACUACCACGCCACCGUUCCCUGACACCCCAGCACAUGGUGGCGGCUUUAGUCUACCCGGACGUCGGGCCCACAUGUCCGGCAAAGCUUCUUACGGCUACAACCCGGCGUUCGCGCCGCAGAUCUACCACACCGGGGGCCCAGGCCCCCGUUCUUCCCCACGACGAACUAUAUUCGUGCAGAACCUCAGUCCCACCACCACCGACAAGCUCCUUCGCGCCUUUAUCGAAGAAAGCGGCGCCACAGUGGAGCAAUCAGAGGUGUCCACGGACCCUGACACCGGGCGCUGCAAAGGCUUCGCGCGGAUAACCCUGCGCACAGCGGAUGAAGCCAAGCGUGUUGUAGCGCAGUACCACGGAAUCAACUUCAUGGAUGCGAAAAUCCGCGUCAAGAUUGACCGGAGUCUUCAUUUCGCGUACAGCCUGACCCGCGAGAGACACGCCGGUACGGUCCCAUUAGCUAACACGAACGGUUCGGUCGCAAAGAACCAAGGACCAUAUGGUCCUAGCAACAACAGCAGCCCGAGGUCAUCGUCGCUGUCUUCGUCGACUUCAGCGUCGUCCAAAUCGGGCGAGCACUGCGGGCCUCUGGUUGUUAAUGGGUCGAAUACUGGGACCAAAGCAGUGGCUACUUAGCCGCAAUGCAUUCCUUCCACUGCAUCACUAGUUGUGACAAAGAUCGCAUUGACUGGCUAGCCAAGCCUAUAGUUGUUAUUCGAUAUACAGAUAUACUAUUAUCAUCAUCAAUAUU